GUACGUGUAGCCCAAUAGAGGCCGCUGCUCGGCUCUGAUCUGUUUGUGGCUCGGUGAUGGAGGCAGUAACGUUUUGUCGACUUGUGAUAGGAAGGCUGACAUCUUACUGAUCCCAGUUUGCCAUUUCAGCGGUGCAGCACAAAAAGAAACCCAACAAGCUGUCGCUGGUGUUAGGUGAAGUUCGUGGCUGCUGCUUCUUCUGCGAGAUGUAUUUCGUUCAAUGUUAGCAGAUUUGUGCUCAGACUCUGCGAGCUGCUAAACGGUGUUAUGUGUUGACUGAAGCUGAACAGUGCGUCACGGCUAGCUUCAAGAUGGACACUGGAGAAGAAGCUGAUAUAUGUCGAGUGUGUCGCUCUGAGGGAACUCAGGACAAACCCCUUUACCAUCCUUGUGUCUGCACUGGAAGUAUUAAAUUCAUUCACCAAGAAUGCUUGGUGCAGUGGCUGAAACACAGCAGAAAAGAGUAUUGCGAAUUAUGCAAGCACAGAUUUGCUUUCACGCCAAUUUACUCUCCAGACAUGCCUUCACGGCUCCCAGUACAGGACAUUUUCGCAGGUCUGGUGACCAGUAUAGGCACUGCCAUCCGAUACUGGUUCCACUACACUCUGGUGGCCUUUGCCUGGCUGGGAGUUGUACCCUUAACAGCAUGUCGAAUCUAUAAGUGUCUGUUCACUGGGUCUGUAAGCUCCCUCCUGACACUGCCAUUAGAUAUGCUUUCCACGGAGAACCUGCUGGCAGACUGUCUGCAGGGCUGCUUCGUGGUGACCUGCACGCUCUGCGCCUUUAUAAGUCUGGUGUGGUUACGGGAGCAGAUCGUUCAUGGUGGAGCUCCACUGUGGCUGGAGCAGAACCAGCAGCAACCUGCCAACGCAGCAGGGCAGCCUAAUGAGGCUCCAGCUGCGGGUAAUGGAGGUGUGGAGAACCAGCCUGCGCCGGCCCCGGCCGAUCCACCUGCCGAGAAUGCACCGGCAGCUGAGGUGCUCGACCCCCAACCUGACCAAGCCGAGGAGAUGGAGCUGGACAACGAGGAUGACGCCAAUAAUGGUGCGCAAGAUGAUAUGAACUGGAAUGCUUUGGAAUGGGACCGUGCUGCUGAGGAGCUCACAUGGGAAAGGAUGCUUGGACUUGAUGGUUCUCUGGUUUUCCUGGAGCAUGUAUUCUGGGUGGUGUCUCUCAACACACUCUUCAUCCUGGUGUUUGCUUUUUGUCCAUACCACAUUGGACACUUUUCCGUGGUGGGACUUGGCUUUGAAGAUUACGUUCGUGCUUCUCACUUCGAGGGCCUCAUCACCACCAUCGUGGGUUAUAUCCUCUUGGCCGUAACACUCAUUGUGUGCCAUGGAUUGGCUGCAUUGGUUAGAUUCCAAAGAUCACGAAGAUUGUUAGGUGUCUGCUACAUUGUGGUUAAGGUGUCGUUGUUGGUGGUUGUAGAGAUCGGUGUAUUCCCUCUCAUCUGUGGCUGGUGGCUGGAUAUCUGCUCCCUGGAAAUGUUUGAUGCAUCCCUGAAGGACAGAGAGCUAAGUUUCGAGUCAGCUCCAGGCACCACCAUGUUCCUGCACUGGCUCGUAGGCAUGGUCUACGUCUUCUACUUUGCAUCCUUUAUCCUCCUGCUCCGAGAGGUUCUCAGGCCUGGAGUCUUGUGGUUUCUCAGAAACCUGAACGAUCCGGAUUUUAACCCGGUCCAGGAAAUGAUCCACCUUCCGAUAUACAGACAUCUGAGACGAUUCAUACUGUCGGUGGUUGUGUUUGGGACUAUAGUCCUGUUGAUGCUCUGGUUACCCAUUCGGAUAAUUAAACACAUCUUGCCAGCCUUCCUUCCCUACAAUGUGAUGCUCUACAGUGAUGCUCCAGUGAGUGAGUUGUCCCUCGAGCUCCUGUUGCUGCAGGUGGUUUUGCCGGCUCUGUUGGAGCAGGGACACACACGGCAGUGGCUGAAGGGUUUAGUGAGAGCCUGGACAGUCACCGCUGGCUACUUGCUAGACCUACACUCGUAUCUGCUCGGAGACCAGGAAGAGAAUGAGAACAAUGCCAACCAGGCAGCCAACAACAACAACAACCAGCAACCCCGAAACAAUGCUAAUGCCAUUCCUGUAGUGGGUGAAGGCCUACAUGCCGCACACCAAGCCAUCCUGCAACAGGGAGGUCCUGUGGGCUUCCAGCCCUACCACCGCCCUGUGAAGUUCCCCCUCAGGAUUGUGUUGCUGAUCCUUUUUAUGUGUGUGACGCUGCUCUUGGCCAGCUUGGUGUGUCUCACUUUGCCAGUGUUUGCUGGCCGCUGGCUCAUGUCGUUCUGGACAGGCACAGCCAAGAUCCACGAGCUGUACACGGCAGCAUGCGGACUGUAUGUGUGCUGGCUGUCUAUAAGGGCCGUCACCGUGCUGCUCGCCUGGAUGCCUCAGGGCCGCAGGGUCAUCCUCCUCAAAGUCCAGGAGUGGACGCUCAUGAUCAUGAAGACACUAAUCGUGGCAGUUCUGUUAGCUGGUGUGAUUCCACUACUUCUGGGUUUGCUGUUCGAGUUAGUUAUCGUGGCUCCUCUCCGGGUCCCUCUCGACCAGACACCUCUGUUCUACCCCUGGCAGGACUGGGCUUUGGGAGUGUUACAUGCCAAAAUAAUCGCUGCCAUCACCCUGAUGGGCCCUCAGUGGUGGCUGAAGACUGUCAUUGAGCAGGUGUAUGCCAACGGAAUCCGCAACAUUGACCUACAUUUCAUCAUCCGAAAGCUGGCUGCUCCCGUCAUCGCUGUGCUGCUGCUGUCCCUCUGUGUGCCCUACGUCAUUGCUGUAGGCAUCGUCCCCAUAAUAGGGGUUACCCUGGAGAUGCAGAACCUGGUUCAGAGGAGAAUCUACCCCUUCCUGCUGAUGGUGGUGGUUCUGAUGGGAAUCCUCUCGUUCCAAAUCCGACAGUUCAAGCGCCUUUACGAACACAUCAAGAACGACAAGUAUCUCGUAGGACAGAGACUUGUGAACUAUGAGCGUAAAGCUGGUAAACCCAGCACGGCUACCCACAGCAGCUCAGUGCAGGAAUAACAGCUCCAGGAAACGUGCUCGGGUUUUAAUGAAGAGUGUGUACGUGUUCACGUCUAGCCCCUUUCCCCUCUGUUGUGUGUGUGUGUGUGAGUGUGUGUGGGUAUCCAUCAUUUCUCACGUCCAGUCCAGGAUUCAAGAACUCUCAGUGACUUCUGGUCUUUCUGAUUUUUGCCUGCAACUUGAGAACUGAAUUGUUUAUACAUAAAAAGAGCAAGAAAUCCUUCAAGCCAACCAACAUGGAUUUAAAAGUUUCACUGUACAUCUUUGGAAAAAAAACAAAACAAGUAUGUAUAUUAAUUUAUUAAAUCUAGUUGUCACUUUACUUUGUGGAAUCCUGUUGCUUGGUCAGUACCGAUGCCAGUGUAGUGCUCUCCAGUCCUGAGGAUGGUGUCCAGGAGAUUGGGGGCAGAGAACACACUCAGACUGCGCAUAUUAGCACUCAGCUGUAAUAUUACAAGCCUUUUUAUUUAUUUGAUUUCUAAGAUGUAUGUCAGAGUUUGUUAACUACAGGUUCUCACCUGGGAUGAAGCUGUCCGUUGCCGGUUGUUUUAAUCUCUAACAGUGUAGAGGACUUGGCUUACGUGUGGAUGUUUGAGGCUCAGAUCUCGGAAGACAAACCAAUCCAGCACCUCGUAGGACUGUGGCAUUCUUUCAUGUGGAACAUUGGGGAAGUUCGGACAAGACAGGCGGCUUUAAUUUUACCGAUGCAUGUCAUAUAUAUAUAUAUAUAUAUAUAUAUAUAUAUAUAUAUAUAUACACACACACGAGCACACAAACUGCACGGCGGAGUUGGACAGCAUUGUUUACGGCUCACAGUGAGCUUAUGAAGCUUCCGUUGGGCCUUGGUUUUCUGUCUGGUCCUGAAGCUCCUCAUCCUUCCUGAUAACCCAAGAGACUGUCUUUAUGAGCGACUGAAAUAGCAUGACGUUUCCUGUCUCUGUUAUAAAGUGUCUACGAUUGUGGGUCUCGUACUUCACCACCCUUUCUGACGUUACUGUACAGGAAAGACGUGCUUCAGAAAAUCUUGAAAUGUCUUAAGAGCAAUAGUUAGGAGAGAGAGAGAGAGAGGUCUGUUCAGAUAGCGAAUCAGUGUUCAUAUGAUUCCACCUCAAUCCAUCAAACUGGUAUGAAUUUUUCUCAGCUUAAGCUUAAGCUUUACGCUUUACGAUGUGGGAAGACUGAUCCAGUUUGGUAGAACAAAGUCAUUUAGUGUCCGUAUUCCAGAAGAGUUCCUAACACUUUGUACAUAAUGUAAAUUUUACGAUACUGACAGAUCACAUUUUGUAGCGAAAUCGUUUCUUCACGUCUGCCACAAAACUGCCCUCAGAAUUAACCGAACCUGGAUACUGUAAGCUUCUCAAUAUUGUUUGGGCUCCUUUUCAAAGCGAAAUGUUUCUAUUUUUAUAUGUGCGUGUAGCGACUUGGCUGGUUCUCCAUCACGCAUGUCUCGCCUGCUUCGAGUUUCCUUCAGAAGCGAGCCGACUGCCUGGAGCUGCGGCGCUGUGUAGGAUGCAGACGGCAUGCUGGUACAGUACUAAAGACUCUCACACGUCAGGUCAGCGUAACCUUGUCCUAUCCGUAGCAUGUUCGUGUGAGACGUAUUCAGUAUUCUGAAUGUUUUAAAACCUCCUGCUUUGGAGGCUGUGGCUGUAAUUACAUCCUUAUACAUGCAGACGAGUUUUUUUUCUCCUCUCUCUUCUUUUUAUUUGGGUGUUUGUUGGAAAAUUUUAUUACAAAUAUUAAAUCAAAAGUGUGAUACA